AAGAUAACGGUAUUAUUGUCGACGUACGUGUAUACAAAACUAACCGGUAGUUUACUUGAGAACCGCGUGGAAAUCGACACGAAAUUAGUACUCGGUUUUAUAAAGGCAAUUAAAUAUUUAAACUUGAAUUUAUUAUUAUUGAAUAUUAACUUAUUUCAUUGAUUACGAGUAUGGAAUGUGAUAUUACUGUUAUAUACAAUUCAAAUUUUAUAUUCGAUCGGUAAAAAAUAAAUGAUUUUGAAUACUAGGAAAAUUUAAUAAUUGGCGAUGGAAAAGUUUGAAAAUUUGUUUGUUACAAUUUUUUUAUCUCUCAUGGUAACGUCAGUUUUGUCAGUUACCUUUGAGGAUACACCAACGGAAACUCGACAUGGGAAAGUUAAUUUUGACAGGACAGAAUCUGGAAAAUCGGGAGUAAAUUUAAACCGAACGCGGCAAGGAAAAGAUUUAUUCGACUGGAUUGGAUUUGGUACCGGGCAGAAUGUAGACCCGUAUAUUGGGAGAAUGAACGCAGCAUGUCUUGGUGGAGAUUUUGCAGAAUGUUUCAAAUCCCGUGCUAUCAGUUCACUAUCUGAAUUUUUUCAAAAUCAUGAAUAUUAUAUGAAUGACAACGUCAGGGUCGUGAGAAUGGGCAGAGAUUUGGUGGAGGAAGUAAACCGUCAGCCGUACGAAUAUACCAGCGCCCCUAGAUCAGACGACAGUGAGUGGGAUCAUUUGGUAAAAUUUGUUGAAAGAAAAGCGGAAAAAUUCAUAAAAACUGUUGCCAUUGAAAUAAAAAUUCCGGCAUCUGAAACUGGUGAUAAUGAAAUUUAUGCUCCGCGUUUUUUGGACGAAAUUGCUGAUGAAUUAGAUACCCUUGAAAAUAAGAAGGACACACUUUUUUCUCGGAACCGAUUGAAAAAAUUAUUGAUACCGAUGUUGAUAAUUUUGAAAUUAUUUAAAUUGAAAUUGUUGCUGUUCCUGCCGCUGAUACUGGGUCUCGCCUCUUUCAAAAAAUUCUUAGGGUUCUUGGCGAUAGUGAUACCGGGUGUGAUUGCCUUCUUCAAGUUCUGCAAGCCUUUGAUGAACAAUUAUCAGCCACCGGUUUACUCACAAAGUGGGGUAGGUUUUCCCCAUUAUAAAGACGCGAGCAAUCACGGAUUUCCUGACGAUAUUCACGAGCCAAAUUAUCACAAUUAUCCGUCUGAUGGAAAUUCUUAUGCCUCAGAUUUAGCGUAUUCUGGUUACAAACCUUACUAGGUUUAAUUUGUCUACAAUAAGUAAAAAAAUAUGUAAUGACAAUUAAUAUUUUUUUUAAGUAUCUUAAGUAUUAAUUAAAACAUGACGUGGCAUUUUUUAAUUAUUAUUGUAAAUAACAUAAAUUCAUACUU